AUGAAUGCAAUAAUUUAUCCAAUAAUGCCAUCUAUAACCAAGAUUGAGGGUUUCAUUGUAAGUUACAAUAAUACCAAAUAAUUAAUUGCUAUUUCCCUAAAAGAACUCUAAUUGAAUUUUAGAAAAGAAAAGGCAAUCUAAGAACUAGAACAAUAACAAUAAUAAUAACAAUAACAAAUCCAACAGCUUUAGGAAAUCAAAUAAGAGCCUCAAUAGGUCUAAUGCUAUUAAUAAUAAUAAAUUCCCUAAUAGCCAAUAUUUUUGGACAAUUAGCAAAAUGUCCAUUAAAUAUUGGGCCAAUAAAAUUUUCAGAUCUGUUAGGCAAACUGCUACAACAUAAGCUAUAACCAAAUCAAUUAUGAAGAAAAAUAUCAAGAAGACAUAGAAAAUAAGGAGAACUAUAGUAAGUGCUCUACACCAAAAUUUGAUGAGAUAAACAAUGACUUUUAGAUUCAACCUAAUUAUAUCAAGGUAUAAACGAGUAAGAAGAAAAGCAGCCACUAAAAAGGGAUAUUUUUCACUUUCUAAAAGGAGGAGGCCUAUGAAUUUAAGUAAAAAAUUAAAAAAGAAAGCCUAUAAUAAAUUUAUUCUAAUUAAAAAAAAGGGCCUUAAUUUACGAUCUCCAUACCAAAAAACAACCUAACUUUUCAAACUGACUUUUACACUUUAGGGUUUAAAAAGCUGAGAGAAUAAACAAUUUAGGACUUAUUAAAGAAAAUCUUAAACUAUUAUUCUUAAAGUGUUAAGAUAUACUAGUGUAAUGAAAAAUUGGGUAUGAAAAUGUAACUUUAAAAUUAAUAAUUAUUGAGAGAAUUGGUAGUUUUAGAAGGAACUGAAUUUAAAAUAAUUGAUAUAGCUUCAGAUUAAGUUUAAGGGGUUGAUUAAGUUAAAUUUGAAUAUGGGGAAGUAGAAUUUCAUCAUCAAGACAAUGUUAAUUAUCUUGAAUUGUGUCUAUUCAGCCAAGAUUGUGUCGAAAUACAUGAUUCAAUUUUGAAAGAUGUAGAGAGAAUCACAUUUUACAACUUUGGAGAAUCAAGUCAAAAAGCCAGAACAUUGAAGGAAUAAGAUUUUGAUGAAUUUGUUAAGUGGGUUAAAUGUUGGUGUCUAUAAAAUAAUUUUGAUAUUAUUCAUAUUGGAACCCAUUUAACUGUUCGUUUAAUGUGAUGUUAAUAAAUAUAUGUGUUUACAAUAUCAAAAAUUAAAUUUCUGA